AUGGGACCCCCUUCCAACUCCGGCUUCUACGUGAGCCGCGUGGUAGCCCUGCUGCUGGCGGGGCUGGUUGCCGCGCUCCUACUGGUGCUGGCCGUGCUCGCCGCCCUGUACGGCCACUGCGCGCGCGUCCCGCCGUCGGAGCUUUACGACCGCGGCAUCCCGGACGCUGCGUCCUUCCCGCGGGCCAAGCAGGAGGAGCUGCCAACGACUCCGAAGCCCAGCCCCACUCGGAAGCCGGAGGUGGCGACCACCCCGCGCAACUGGCGACCCCCGGGGCCCUGGGACCAGCUGCGCCUGCCACCCUGGCUCGUGCCGCUCCACUACGAGCUGGAGCUGUGGCUCCAGCUGCGGCCAGACGAGCUCUCGGCGCCCGCGUUGCAUUUCACCGGCCGCGUGAACAUCACCGUGCGCUGCACGGCGGCCACCUCACGUUUGCUCCUGCACAGCCUCUUCCUGGACUGUGAGAGUGCCGAGGUGCGGGGUCCCCUGUCCUCGGACGCCAGAGACCCCACUGUGGGCCGCGUGCCCGUGGACGAGGUGUGGUUCGCGUUGGACAUGCAGUACAUGGUGUUGGAGCUUGGCGAGGCCCUGCAGCCCGGGAGCCGCUAUGAGUUGCAGCUCAGCUUCACCGGCCCCGUGUUCCAGGACACCAGGGAGGGACUAUUCCUCAACGUCUAUACGGACCAGGGUGAGCGCAGGGCCCUGUUAGCAUCUCAGAUGGAACCAACAUUUGCCAGGAGUGUUUUCCCUUGUUUUGAUGAGCCAGCUCUGAAGGCAACUUUUAAUAUUACAAUUAUUCAUCAUCCAAGUUAUGUGGCCCUUUCCAACAUGCCAAAGCUAGGUCAGUCUGAAAAAGAAGAUGUGAAUGGGAGCAAGUGGACUGUCACCACCUUUUACACCACGCCCCUCAUGCCCACUUAUUUAACCGCCUUUGCUGUCUGUGACUGUGAGCAUGUCAGCAGGACUGAGCGGGGCAAGGAGAUACGCAUCUGGGCCCGGAAAGAUGCCAUUGCAGACGGAGAUGCAGACUUUGCUUUGAACAUCACAGGUCCCAUCUUCUCUUUUCUGGAAGAUUUAUUUAAUAUCAGUUACCCUCUUCCAAAAACAGAUAUAAUUGCCUUGCCGACUUUUGACAGCCGUGCCAUGGAAAACUGGGGACUGUUGAUGUUUGAUGAGUCAUUAUUGUUGCUGCAACCAAAUGAUAAACUAACAGAAAAAAAGUCUGUGAUCUCCCAUAUUGUCUCCCACGAGAUCGGACAUCAGUGGUUUGGAAACUUGGUUACCAUGAGUUGGUGGAACAAUAUAUGGCUCAAUGAAGGUUUUGCAUCUUAUUUUGAGUUUGGAGUAAUUAACUACUUCAAUCCUAACUUCCCAAGGAAUGAGGUCUUUUUUUCUAACAUUUUACAUGAUAUCCUCCAACAAGAUAAUGCCCUGGUGUCUAGAGCCGUCUCCAUGAAGAUGGAAAAUUUCACAGAAACCAGUGAAAUAAAUGAUCUCUUUGACCUGUUUACUUACAACAAGGGAGCUUCUAUGGCCCGGAUGCUUUCUAGUUUCCUGAAUGAGAAAAUCUUUAUCAGUGCCCUUAAGUCAUAUUUGGAGACAUUUUCUUACUCGAAUGCUGAGCAAGAUGAUCUGUGGAGGCAUUUUCAAAUGGCCAUAGAUGAUCAGAGUAAAAUUCUUUUGCCAGCAACAGUAAAAAGCAUAAUGGACAGUUGGACACACCAGAGUGGCUUUCCAGUUAUCACCUUAGAUGUAUCUACUGGCAUCAUGAAACAGGAGCCAUUUUACCUGGGAAAGGUUGAAAAUCAGACUCUUCUAACCCGCAAUGACACAUGGAUCAUACCUAUUCUUUGGAUAAAAAAUGGAAUUACACAGUCUUUAGUCUGGCUAGAUAAAAGCAGCAAAGUAUUCCCUGAAAUGCAAGUUUCAGAUUCUGAUUCUGACUGGGUGAUUUUAAAUUUGAAUAUGACUGGAUAUUAUAGAGUUAACUAUGAUAGGCUGGGUUGGAAGAAAUUAAAUCAACAGCUUGAAAAAGAUCCUAAGGCUAUUCCUGUCAUUCACAGACUGCAGUUGGUCGAUGACGUUUUUUCCUUGUCUAAAAACAAGUAUAUCGAGAUUGAAACAGCACUUGAUUUAACCAAGUACCUUGCUGAAGAAGAUGAAAUCAUAGUAUGGCAUGCAGUUUUGGUGAACCUAGUGACCAAGGAUCUUAUUUCUGAUGUGAACCAUGAUAUAUACACAUUAUUAAAGAAGUAUCUGUUAAAGAGACUUACCUCUAUAUGGAAUAUUUAUUCAACUAUAAUUCGUGAAAAUGUGGCAGCAUUGCAGGAUGACUAUUUAGCUCUAAUAUCACUGGAAAAACUUUUCGAAACGGCAUGUUGGUUGGGUCUCGAGGACUGUCUUCAGCUGUCACGAGAGCUCUUCAGAAACUGGAUGAACCACCCAGAGAAUGAAAUACCUUAUCCGAUUAAAACUGUGAUUUUGUGUUAUGGCAUUGCCUUGGGAAAUGAUAAAGAAUGGGAUUUUCUAUUAAGUAUCUACAAUAAUAAAACAAAGGAAGAAGAAAGGAUUCAACUUGCUUAUGCAAUGAGCUGCAGUAAGGACCCAUGGAUACUUAACAGAUACAUGGAGUAUGCCGUCACUACAUCUCUGUUCUCUUUUAAUGAAACAAAUAUAAUCGAAGUUGUGGCAGCAUCUGAAGUUGGGCGAUACAUUGCAAAGGACUUUUUAAUCAACAAUUGGCAAGCCGUGAUUGAAAGGUAUGGAACAAAGUUGUUGGUUUCUCUAGUAUAUGUAAUAGGAAGAACCAUAAUCACAGAUUUACAGAUCACAGAGCUGCAGCAGUUUUGUAGUCAUAUGUUGGAGGAGCACCAGAGACUCACAGUUCACGCCCAAUUACAGACAAUAAAGAAGGACAAUCUGAAAAGCAAAGAGCGAAAUGCCAGGAUAGCUGCGUGGCUCCGGAAAAACACCUAACUUAGCGGGGGACUCUCGGCACUCCUCUGGCGUAUUAUAAUGUGCUCACAGUGUUAUCCUCCAAUCCCCUGGAAAGUGAGUCUGGAAAAGCACACGUUUUGUGAUUGUAUUUCAGUCACAUUUACUACUCAGAGUCCCGUUCUCCCCAUGUUGUCACACUUGGCUGUGAGGCACUCUCUGGGUGAGAGGGGGAGGCUGAGUGAUGGCUGAGGAUUUUGCCAACAUUGCUGUAUUUCUGGGGGAGAUUUUGCUUCAUGUUGGGCUAUAAACCACGUAAUUUACUUUAAAUGCCUUGUAAAAACAAAUUUACCUUAGAGAGCCUUGCUUUUUCUGUUGUGAAGGCCAGUGGAAUAUUACAUCAUUGGCUAAAUAAGCACAUUCUUCUCUGAGGGAAAUACCGAUUUGCAAUACUCUAGGGUUUAUUUAAAAGAGUAAUGUACAAAUAACACAACAGUAUAAAGAAACAGAGACUAGAAAAGCAGCAAUCGCUAGAAGACAGAAAAGCCAAAGACAUGCAGGUUUGAAAAAGAAGAAACAGACAAUUGUAUGAGCCAUGUUAAGUGCCCCAAAGGCAAGAAAUGUGUCUUCUCCUUUCCCACCCACCUCUCCCCAGUGCCUGCUUCCACGUGCCACACUUUACUGGCUACUGAACUUUAAGGUGUCACAGAGAGGCCCAGGACUAUAGGAUCCACGAAGUGCCCUUAGGGUCACUGCUGCAGAGGUCAGAUGGAGAGCAAGGCUGUGCCCUGAAAGCUCUUGACUAUGCAGAUCACCUGUGGGAAGGACACUCUUUCAGCCAAAGUUUAGCAGCAAAAAUAAUGAUGUCAACAGACAAUAGCAAUUAUGGGCUAAUUUCCAACGCAAAUGGAAAUGGUCAAAUAGAAAUAGAACUAAAAGACUAACCAGAGCAUGAUCUUUACAGCUUUGCACUCAGGGCAUUAAGUUCGAAAUGUGGUUUCAUUUGGCCAGAUUGAAGCUGCUUGUAGUUUGGACAACGUUAAACCUUUUCAUCAAUCACAAUGUGUGGAAUUAGCUCAGUUUUGUCACCCCUGAAUUAAUCAGGACAGCUAAGGCAAAUCAUCCAACUCGAUUUUGUGUGUUUACAAUUUAAUUCUUGUUUUAAUUUUGCUUUUGCUUUUAUAGAAUGGAAAUAAAAACUACAGAUCUCCUAUCUACCUCAAAGUAAAAUUGUAAAGCUUAAGGAAUAUAUCAAUUAAAAGCCUUUAAUAUGUUACAUAAACUCAAGGCACUAAUAUGAUCUAACGCUUUUUUUCCCCCUCUGUCUUGUGUAAGUUAAUGCAGCCACAAAUUAAAAUGCAAUACCAAAGCUCACUUCCAUAUUCACUUCACAAGAAGAUACUCCCUGAGUGGGGCUGGGAGGCCACGGGACUUGGCCAUGAGGACAAAUCAAAGCACAGUCUGUUCAGACUUGACCUUUGAUCAUAGGUCAGAGAGAUUUUUCUUUAAAUUUGGCAAUUUAAAAUUUAAGCAAUAAAAUAGCCCCAUGUCUUCAAAUGGUUAUGUGUGAUUUCUUCCUGUGUUUUCUUACACGUUUGUUCUGUG